AUGCCCGUCCACACUUACCGCCUUGAGAUUAAUGGCACUAACAUGCAUGUCAUCAACGAACGAAGCCUUGACAAUCUGGACCUGUUGCUGCGCUUCAGCCUGACCAAUAGUCACCUCCACACCAUCCACCCGGCAGCCUUCAAUGUUGCCCCACAGCUUAAGUCCGUUAAACUCUCCUCUAAUAAUUUAUCUACGAUCCCUGCUGGAGUUUUUUCACCCCUGAAAGCUCUGGAACAACUCCAUUUAGAUUGGAAUCAACUGGCAAAUGUUACACCAAAUAUGUUAAAAGGACUUGCUGGGCUACAAGAUUUGGACUUGAAAAACAAUAAGCUGUCCGAUCUUCCCGCUGAUCUUUUUGACGGGUUGAAAAAUCUUACAUCUCUAAAUCUUGGAUACAACUACAUUAAAAAAUUUCCUCCAACAAUCUUUCAUUCUCUUAUCCAACUGCAAAAGUUAAUGCUCUACAACAAUGAACUUGAAGGUCUUGAACCUGGUAUGUUUGAUACUCUUGUCGAACUUGAGGAACUCAAAAUUCACCAGAAUCGGAUUAGCAGUCUUCCACCAAAGGUUUUUUGGUGCCUGAAAAACCUGAAGAAUCUUACUCUAUCCUCCAAUCAACUCCAAGCUGUUCCAGAAGAGACCUUCUAUCACAUGCCUAUGCUAACAAAACUCACUCUGUAUAAUAAUCCUCUUCUAUCACUGCCUGACCAACUUAUGGGCUACAUGCCAGAAAUGAGGGUGUUCUAUUUGUAUUACACUAAUCUUACAACUGUCCCUGAUAAUUUAUUUGCCAAUAUGACUGGUCUAAGAGCUCUUAACCUUCAUCUAAACUGGCACCUUAAAGACCUCCCUUCUGGUCUCUUCUGUUGUCUCCCACAUCUGCUCAAACUAUCAUUAAAACAAAAUGCACUUGAAGACCUACCGCCAAACCUUUUCUCCAAUUUGACUAAUCUAGGACUACUAUAUCUCAACAACAACAACCUAAAGAACAUUCCAAACAAUAUCUUCCAUGGGCUGUAUACGCUACUCUCUAUAGAGCUAAAGAAAAAUAGCUUAAAGACAAUCCCUGGAGACUCAUUUACAUCAAACACAGCUUUAAGAGCUGUUUCUUUGAGUCUUAACCCUUGGGACUGCACUUGUGGUAUAAGAGGUAUUGUACGUUGGCUCAAACAAAAUGAGCACCUAGUUCCAGACAUACGGGAUGUGUAUUGUCAUAGCCCAAUUUACAAACUUUACCGUCCACUGAAGUCUCUUGAAGAAGAUGACUUUACAUUCUCUCCUUUUUAUGGUACACUUGUUCUCGAGCAAGGCCCAGAAUAUGUUCACCACAAUGUUCUGAAAGGUUGGGUGUAUGUGUGGUUUGUGUCGUCGGAUAGUGUUCUGACCGGUUUUCUAGUGUCUCUUCACAUCCUCUUUAUGGCCACUGCAUGUUUUCUCAUUCUUGCUGCCUUGUAUGGUAUGCACCGCCUCAGCGAGAUAAUGGGUAAAUUAAAUGCUGAGUCUAUGCGUUUGUGA